AUGAAUUAACUGAAUCUGAUUAUCCUAAAGUUGAGGUAAAUUUUAUAAUUUAAUUAGUUACCAUCAGAUGGGAUUGGUUAUUGUUAAAUAAUAGACGUAUUGCAUCCUGGAGCCAUAUCUCUUUCAAAAUUAAAUUUUAUGGUCAGAUUCCCAGAUGAAUACACCAAGAAUCUAAAAGUACGUUGUAAUAUUAACGCAGGUUCUUGAUGAUGCAUUUCCAAAGCAUAAAAUUGACAAAGUUGUUCCAAUUGA